CUCAUAAGUCAUAACAUUAGUUCACACCAUAUAUAAAAAGAGCUGAAACAAGAGCAAUCUAACACAUUAUUGCAAUGGAUUCUAAGGCAUUUUUUCUCUUCACCUUCACCAUUCUCUUCCUCUCAGGAGCUGACUCCACCAGAAUAUUCACAUUCAAGAAUAGUUGUCCCUUCACAGUGUGGCCAGGCACUGUCACUGGUGCAGGCAGCUCUCCAUUACCAUCAACAGGCUUUGAGUUAGCUCCUGGUGCUUCCUUAUCCCUAAACAUCCCUGCACCAUGGUCCGGCAGAUUCUGGGGCCGCUCUCAUUGCUCGAAUGACCACAAUGGAAGGUUCAGCUGCGCCACGGGAGAAUGUGCCUCGGGCGAGAUAGGAUGCAGAGGCGCAGGGGGAAUCCCACCAGCAACCCUAGUUGAAUUCACUCUAGCCCCAUACAAUGGGCAAGAUUUCUACGACAUUAGUCUUGUUGACGGCUUCAACUUGCCCGUUUCGGUGAAACCAGAAGGAGGGUCUAGUAGGAGUGGCUGUAACUCCACUAGCUGCUCUGCUAGUAUCAAUGAUGUGUGUCCGGAAGAGUUGGCUGUGAAGAGUGGAGAUGGGAGUGGUGUUGUUGCUUGCAAAAGUGCAUGUUUGGUAUUUGAUCAGUCACAGUAUUGCUGCAGAGAUGAGUUUAAUUCUCCCAACACAUGCCAGCCAAGCCAGUAUUCAAGGCUCUUCAAGCAGCAGUGUCCCCAGGCAUACAGUUAUGCUUAUGAUGAUAGAACCAGCACUUUUACAUGCACUGGAGGGGCCAACUAUGUCAUCACCUUUUGCCCAUGACUUUCUCCUCUCUUUUCUUAUUAUCAGCAAUUUACAUAUUACUUUCACGGGCUGUAUGUAUGCCUCUUGUAAGUCUGUAUGCCUUUGACGACCAAUGUGUGAACUAAAGAAUUAUAAUAAAUAUGCUUUAUUAAUAGUAA